UCCGCCCCCGCCAGCUAACGAAAGCGCCUUCUCUGGGCGCGUGGAAGGGCAAAGGCGCGGGCUGCUGCACCCGCGGCCGCUUUCUAAGUUCCAGAACCUUCGACGGGUCGAAGGGUCGCCCUUGCCCUAAGAGCCCCUGAGCGGAGGCGUGGCCCCGAAGGCCCAGGCGCGUCCGGCAGGGUGGGUCGACACCGCCGUUCUUCGGCGACCUCAACUUGGGCCUCGGCCCGGCGGCCAUGUUGGCCCCGCCCCCACCGGCGGAAACGGAGGCUCCCUCUUCCGGCCGCCAUUCCGGUCCGCCGCCCGCCAACUUCCGGUGCGGGGUGGGCGCGCGCUGGGUAACGACGAGUGGCACCGACGGUCGGCAGGUGGCGGGCGGCGGCGUGUGGAUGGAGGCCCCGGCCCCCGGCCGGGCGCGGCGGGGCAGGCGGCAGGCCCGGGCCGCGGGCUCCCCGCUCUUCCGGGCCGCGGUCGUCCUGCUUUGUGCCUUCGUAGCGCAGGCGCCGCCGGCAGUUGGGCAGUUGAUUCGAUUACCGAGAGGUUUUCACCUGUCCAAAGAUGUGCUGAAAAUAGUGGGAUCACCAAACUAUCCAGUGAAGGUCUACGUCAUGCUGCACGAGAGGAGCCCCCACAUCCUGUGCGUGACCCAGCGGCUGCGGAACUCCGAGCUGAUAGACCCGCUGUUCCAGUGGCACGGGCCCAAGGGCAAGGUCAUCUCAGAAAACAGCACCACGCACAUCACGUCCACGGGCAGCCUGGUGUUCCAGGACUUCGAGGAGAGCAUGACCGGCAUCUACACGUGCUUCCUGGAGUACAAGCCCACGGUGGAGGAGGUGGUCAAGAACCUCCAGCUCAAGUUCAUCGUCUACGCGUACCGCGAGCCUCGUUUCUAUUACCAGUUCACAGCUCGGUACCACGCAGCUCCUUGCAAUAGUGUCUAUAAUGUGUCUUUCGAGAAUAAACUUCUACAGAUCUUAAGCAAACUGGUCCAUGACCUCUCCUGUGAAGUUGCGUUGCUGAAGUCUGAAUGCCAUCAUGUUAAAAUGCAGAAAGCUGGUUUUCAAAAUGAAUUGUUUUUUAAAUUUGCAGUUUCAUGUUUGGAUGCUGAAAAAGAGCCCAAGCUGUGCAAGGACCAGGACUGUGACUACUCCAGGAAGCUGUCUAAGGCUAAGAACCUCAUAGAGAGGUUUUUCAACCAGCAAGUGACGGUCCUGGGCAGGCGCGCGGAGCCGCUGCCGGAGAUUUACUACAUCGAGGACACCCUGCAGAUGGUCUGGAUCAACCGCUGCUUCCCGGGCUACGGGAUCAACACCCUGAAGCACCCCAAGUGCCCCGAGUGCUGCGUGAUCUGCAGCCCCGGCUCCUACAACCCCAGCGACGGGACCCACUGCCUGCAGUGCAACAGCAGCCUGGCGUUCGGGGCCAAGGCCUGCCUGUAGCCGCGAGGCUAGCCCUCGGGU